UAUCUACGGCUUUUAGUUCUGAACAGACUAGCGAUAAACAACGAAAAUUGGCUGGGCGGCUGUUUGAUCCUGUUUGGAAUCAUUUCAACCAGAUAGAAAAAAAAAAAAGUGGUCAUUAUUCUGCUA